AGGCGUCGCGGAUCCACCGUGCCCCGCCCGCCCAUGGUCUCUCCCCGCGGCCGCAAUCCCCGCCGCCCCGGCUCUCCUCUCUCUCCCGCAAACCCCGCGGCCGCAGUUCCAGCCGCCCCUAAUCUCCUCUAUCCUCACCCCCAAAUUGCCGCCCACGGAUCUCGCCGACACCAGCGCAGACGCAGUGACCCAGCCCCCGCCUUCCCCAUCGUGAUAGCAGCAUCUCCCAGACGCCCCCUCCCCUUAGCCUCGACGCGAUGCCUGCCUAGCUCCUGUCCGCCGCGUGAGGAGGCGCCACGGCACGCGCUUGUGUGGCAUUCGACGCGAAGGCACCCGCGACCUGCGUCGACUCUGAGGAGGAGCGCCGCCUCCUUGAGAUCUAGGAGGUCGAGGUGGUUGCGGCGCGUACUCGUACGGUGGUCGAGAGUGCCGAGCUCGCGACGGUCAGAGGUCCCAGGUCGGUGGCCUGUUGGCCCUGAGGUACUCGACGUCGGACCAGGAUUCCUCGUCCAGCACGUGCCCGUCGCCUCGCAGUUGCAGCAGGUCCGGCCUGAUGUAGACUUCGGCCACCGACGAGGUCAGGAUCACGCGCCGCACCGUCCCGGCCUUCGCGCACGAUCGCAUCGUGUUCAGCGUGCCUCGGACGGACGGCUCGAUCUGCUCUUUCUGACCACGGAUCUCGCCGACACCUGCGCACUGACCCAGCCCCCGCCUUCCCCAUCGUGAUAGCAGCGUACCUGCGUCGACUCUGAGGAGGAGCGCCGCCUCCUUGAGAUCCAGGAGGUUGAGGUGGCUGCGGCGCGUACUCGUACGGUGGUCGAGAGUGCCGAGCUCGCGAUGGUCAGAGAGAUUGCUCCCUCCCGAAGACUGCUAGGCUAGAUGAGCGGUUUGAUUCCCUCCCGAAGACGGUCAGAGGUAUUGCAGAUCCUGUCUAAUCAACCACGCCCCUAGUUGGAAGAGAAUAGCCAUAUCAAGGAAUAACUGAUGAGGAAAACACAACAACUACAGAAAUAUGGUAAGUCUGUUUUUGUUCCAUGCUGAAUUUAAAUCUUUUUAGUAUUACUACUAGAGGCAUAGUGUUCUUCAUACCAUGAUCUCGGUCUACCAUUUCCAGCCUAAUGAUGUUCAAGCAUGCCAUGUACCUUCCAUGCUACCUACUCUAUUUUAUUCACCACUGCUCCAUAUUUCAUUUUUUAUCUGUAUGAAGUCAUCAAGUUGAUGGUUUGUUCAUGCAGAAAGUUGAGGAGUGUUUUCUUAAAGUUGAGCAGUCACCUCCUGAAAGCACAUCGAAUGCUCUUCAACUAGCAACUGCAGCUCUUGUCAAGAAAGAGCUGCUGGCCCAUGCUGAUUCAAAUAUUAUACUUGUUGUGGCAUCAUGCAUAUCUGAGAUCACAUGGAUCACAGCACCAGAUGCUCCAUAUGAUGACGAUGCAAUGAAGGAUGUAUUAUCUUUAAUUGUGGAGGCAUUCAAGCAUCUGGAUGACAUAGAGAGCCCCUUCUUUGGAAGGAGAACUUCAAUUCUUGAUACAAUCGCAAAAGUUCAGUCCUGUGUGGUGAUGCUAGAUCUUAAAUGUGACGAUUUGAUAAAUGAUAUGUUCCAUCACUUCUUGAGGACUGUUAAGUAAGAACUAUCUUAAAUAUUCUUACCUUCAUCUAUUUCUCUUCUUUCUGGA